CAUACCUGUUCUUUCUUUAGCCCCUCUCCCCAUGUCUGAAUGGAGUAUACUUUAAAGUGAAAUGACAGACCAAGAGAAUAACAACAGCAUCUCAAGUAACCCUUUUGCAGCCCUCUUCAGCUCUCUAGCUGAUGCCAAGCAGUUUGCAUCAGUCCAAAAACAGCAGCUGAGGCAACUCACUGCAGAUGAAACCUCAGCCAGUCAAGAUGACUCAGAUAACAGUGUGUCAGAGAGUCUGGAUGACUGUGACUAUUCUGUGUCUGAGAUCAGCCGCUCCUUCCGUUCCCAGCAGGAGCUGUGUGAACAGCUCAACAUCAAUCACAUGAUCCAGAGGAUCUUCCUUAUCACCCUCGACAACAGUGAUCCCAGUAUGAAGAGUGGCAAUGGAAUUCCUGCUCGCUGUGUGUACCUGGAGGAAAUGGCUGCAGAUCUGGAUGAACAAGAUUGGCUUGACAUGGAAAACAUUGAACAGGCACUCUUCACCCGCUUGCUGCUCCAAGAGCCAGGAAAUCACCUGAUUUACAUGACCUGUGUCAGCACGCAGAAUCUUUCAGCAGAUAGAGAUGCAGGAGAAAAACAGAUUCUUCGUUAUCUAUAUGCCUGUUUCCAGAGAGCAAAGGAAGAGAUAACCAAAGUGCCAGAGAACCUGCUCCCCUUUGCAGUUCGCUGCAGGAACCUGACUGUGUCGAACACUCGCACUGUUCUCCUUACCUCAGAGAUCUAUGUCAACCAGAAUGUCUAUGAGCAGCUGGUGGACCUGAUGCUGGAGGCACUGAGAGGAGCACAUUUUGAAGAUGUGACUGAGUUUCUUGAGGAGGUCAUAGAAGCCUUGACGAUGGAUGAGGAAGUACGGACAUUUGGGGAGGUCAUGGUUCCUGUGUUUGAUAUUCUGUUGGGUCGAAUCAAGGACCUGGACCUUUGUCAGAUCCUACUGUACAUGUAUCUGGAUAUACUCCUCUAUUUCACCAGACAGAAAGCUAUAGCACAGGUUUUUGUAGACUACAUUCAACCAAAGGACCCCACCAAUGGGCAACUGUACCAGAAGACUCUGCUAGGAGUCAUCCUGAGCAUCUCCUGCUUGCUGAAAACUCCGGGUGUAGUGGAGAGUCAUAGCUACUUUCUGAAUCCAUCCCGAUCCAGCCCACAAGAGAUCAAAGUGCAGGAGUCCAACAUUCAUCAGUUUAUGGCCCAGUUCCAUGAGAAAAUCUACCAGAUGUUGAAGAACCUGUUACAGCUCUCUCCAGAGACCAAGCACAGGAUUCUGUCCUGGCUUGGAAACUGUCUCCAUGCUAAUGCAGGCCGUACCAAAAUCUGGGCUAACCAGAUGCCGGAGCUCUUCUUCCAGAUGUAUGCCUCGGAUGCCUUCUUUCUGAAUCUAGGGGCUGCCCUCCUGAAACUGUGCCAGCCAUUCUGCAAGCCCAGAUCUCCUAGGCUUCUCACCUUCGACCCCACCUACUGUGCCCUGAAAGAGCUGACUGAAGAGGAGAGGAGAAGUAAGAAUGUGCAUCUGAAAGGCUUGGAAAAAGAAACGUGUUUGAUUCCAGCUGUGACUGAGCAGGAUCCAGGGUUUGCCCACAGCUACAAUCUGGUGACCGAGAACCUAGUCCUGACACAGUACACCCUCCAUUUAGGAUUUCACAGGUUGCAUGAUCAGAUGGUAAAGAUAAACCAAAGCCUUCACCGGCUGCAGGUAGCCUGGCGAGAGGCUCAACAAAGUUCCAGCCCUGCAGCAGACAGUCUGCGGGAGCAGUUUGAACGCCUGAUGACUGUCUAUCUCUCCACCAAAACAUCCAUGACUGAGCCACAGAUGCUACAGAACUGCCUGAAUUUGCAAGUGUCCAUGGCAGUUCUCCUGGUCCAGCUGGCGAUAGGAAACCGAGGCACUGAGCCUGUAGACCUGACGUUCCCUUUGCCAGAAUUGAAGCACAGUGCACUGGCUUACGUUCCAGAAUUCUUUGCUGAUAAUUUGGGUGAUUUCUUCAUUUUCCUGCGGCGGUUUGCUGAUGACAUCUUGGAGGCUUCUGCUGAUUCUCUGGAGCACAUCUUUCACUUUGUUACUGUUUUCACGGGUGAUGUUGAGAGAAUGAAGAAUCCUCACCUACGAGCCAAGCUGGCCGAAGUGUUGGAAGCAGUGAUGCCUCACCUGGAUCAGGUCCAAAACCCCCUUGUUUCCAGCAUGUUCCAUCGCGAGCGAGUGUUCUGCUCCUACCUACAUGCUGCCCGUCUGGCUGAGGCACUUAUCAAGGUCUUUGUGGACAUUGAGUUUACAGGGGAUCCCCAUCAGUUUGAGCAGAAGUUUAACUAUCGUCGACCCAUGUAUCCCAUUCUCAGAUACAUGUGGGGGACAGAUUCAUACCGGCAAAGCAUAAAGGGUCUGGCUGAUUAUGCCUCGGAGAACCUAGAGGCAAUGAACCCUCCUCUCUUCCUGCGCUUCCUUAACUUGCUCAUGAACGAUGCCAUUUUCCUGCUGGAUGAAGCCAUACAGUACCUCAGUAAGAUAAAAGUUCAGCAGAUAGAGAAGGACCGUGGUGAGUGGGACAGCCUGUCCCCAGAGGCUCGUAGGGAGAAGGAGUCCAGUCUGCAAAUGUUUGGUCAGCUGGCUCGUUUCCACAACAUCAUGUCCAAUGAAACCAUUGGAACUCUGGCCUUUCUGACCUCAGAAAUUAAGUCCCUGUUCGUGCAUCCUUUCCUUGCUGAGCGCAUCAUCUCCAUGCUGAACUACUUCCUGCAGCACCUGGUUGGCCCUAAAAUGGGAGCAUUAAAAGUCAAGGAUUUCAGCGAGUUUGACUUCAAACCCCAGCAGCUUGUUUCUGACAUCUGUACCAUCUACUUAAACCUUGGCGAUGCAGAGAAUUUCUGCGCCACGGUGCCCAAGGAUGGGCGCUCCUAUUCGCCGAUGCUGUUUGCUCAGACAGUCAGAGUCCUAAAGAAAAUCAAUAAGCCUGGGGACAUGAUCGUGGCUUUCAGUAACCUGGCCGAACGGAUCAAGUCUCUUGCAGAUCGACAGCAGCAAGAAGAGGAGACCUAUGCAGAUGCGUGUGAUGAAUUCCUGGAUCCUAUCAUGAGCACUUUAAUGUCUGACCCGGUGAUCCUGCCAUCUUCCCGAGUCACUGUGGAUAGGUCAACAAUAGCCAGGCAUCUCCUCAGUGACCAGACAGAUCCUUUCAAUCGCAGCCCCCUCACUAUGGACCAGAUCAGACCAAACAUAGAACUAAAGGAGAAGAUCCAGCAAUGGCUUGCAGAGAGGAAAAAGCAGAAAGAGCAGCUAGAGAACACACUAAAAUGAACAAAUGAAAAAACAUCCUGACAAAUGAACAAAAGUUUAUUUGCAAGAGUGAAAUCCCCUUGCAGAGACAAUGGCUGGUGCUCCAGAGAAUCUGUGAAUCAGUGCUACAGUCUACUCUUUAACCACGAUUGCAUUUAGUGCAUUGCCACUAGACCUGGAGCCUUGCUUAGGCCCUUCCUUUUAUCCCCUUCUAUUUUUUGUUUCCAUUAAGUCUUUUCAAAAAUAUCAGAACCCUCAACUACAUCACAAAUUCUCAGCUCAAGAAUCCCUAUGGUCCCUUCUUGCACUGUUGGCCACUGGUUAAUUUUCUUGUGUUUGUUCUUCACAGCAUUCACUGUGUUUUAAUGAAUGUCAUGUCACACAUUUCAGUGGCUGUUAGCCACCACAAAAUCUCUCUUCUUCUGGUACUGCUGCUUUGGCUCCAGACCUAUUCAAACUAUGUAAUGUUCUAUCAUACUAUGUUUAGUGUGGAAAAAAAAUUGUGUGUCCACA